AUGACUGUUGAUACAAAUACUUUAGGGAGAGCUUGGGAUAAUACAGGAGAGGAAGAAAUUUCUCUCAAGCAAAUAUAUGCACAUCUUUUCAAUUAUUUCGGCUUUUGCCAAUACAUAGAACUGGAUAUCCAAGAUAGUAAUAAUUUCGUUGGGUCUGACUCAGUUCACAAAGGCUUCUUGAAUAACGAAAAAAUACAGAAUUCUGUUGAUGAAGUUGACCUCGAGUCCAGUGAAACUAAAAAUUAUGGGAUAACAGUCUCGGAUAGUGUGGAGAGGGCUUUCAAAGGGUGUGGUGGAUUUGAUGGAAUCAUCACUAAAGCUAUGAACCUUGACAUGGGGGACGCGACCAAGCUAUUUCCAAAAGGUGACUUCCAUAAAGCUUUAAUUAAAUUCGAACCUGCUGAUUUGUAUAUUGCUUUUAUUGCUCUGCUUAGAAACGAUUCUUUUGAUAGUUUUUUGAAUCGUUAUUUUAUUGCAAGAAAAAAAAAAGUUGACGAGACUCUUGAAAUGCUCUCGAGAAGCUUAAAUUGGCGAAUUCGUUCCCACCCUGUUGACAAAUGGGUCUUCGGCGGUGACGCUGAAGUCUAUUUCAGUGGAAAGAAUCCUGAUUUCAUUGAGGCAUUCAAAAUUAAUCAAGCAUAUCUCCGUGGUAAAGAUAAGUUGGGGCGGCCAGUUGUUAUUAUUCACGUUAAGGACCACAUCGGUAAAAAUAGUACUGAAAAAGACUUUGAAAAGUUUAUAUGUGUUAUUAUUGAGUGGAUUAGACUUGAACUAAAGCCUUUGCAGUACAACAUCGAUAGAGGUUGCAUCUUAUUUGACAUGACAGGUUUUAGUUUGAGAAAUGCUGAUCUUUCGGCCGUUCGAUUUCUAGCUAGUGCUCUCGAGUCAAAUUAUCCAGAAUUUUUGGGUGCUAUAUGGGUGCAUAAUGCUCCUUGGGUAUUCAAUGCAGUUUGGAAAGUGAUCAGGGGUUGGUUAGACCCAGUUGUUGCUUCAAAGGUUCAUUUUACGAAGAAUUGUAAAGAUUUAGAAGCUUUUAUCGACAGAAAGUUUAUACCAAAAGAUCUUGGCGGUAAUGACGCCUUUGUUAUGAAGUAUGAGAAUCCAACACAUUCUGAUAGCGAUGAAAAGCCAAAGGAUGAUAAUUAUGCAAUACUCUCAGAACAGAGGUCUUUUUUAAUCUUGUCAUAUCUUCAGGCAACUAUUAAUUGGUUGGAAUCCAAAACAAUAUCUGAAUCUGAUAAAUUUUUAGAAGCCAGAAUAAAGAUUGGUAUUCAGUUAGCAAACAACUACAUUGGGAUAGAUCCAUAUUUACGUAAAAGAGGAAUCUUUGAGCGCAUAGGAGAAAUGGGUAAACUCGGAUACUGA